CCGAAAGGGAACAGGGAUAAGAAUAUGUGUUGGUCCAGCCAGGAAAAGAAUGCUUCGCCAUCACUAGAGUAGAUAAGUCCGUAUUGAGGACCUGAAGUGCUCUUCUAGAGUUAUAUCUGUUCUUUUCGGCCGCCUGGAGACUUGGAUACUCCGCAUCCAUUUUUACCAAAAUGUCCGACCAAGAAUUCUUCUCGUCCAUUCCAAUCAUCCAAGACCUUCUCGCGCGUCCAGAAAACAUUCGAUUUACCCCCACGUGCCGGCUGAAGGGGGAGGAAGCUGUAAAUUCAAAGACCAAAGAUCAAUUCUUUCGCCAUGGGCUCGCGACUACUGACCUGGUCCCCUAUGCCAUAGCCUUUUAUGAAGACCCCUUCAGACGGAACUCCAUUCCUUCGCCAAUCGGUCAAAAACCACAUACUCAGGAACUUCGCCUUUUGAUCCGCAAAAGCACGUUAGUCCUCAGCUUACAGUCCGGCACAGUUGGAUUCAACGGCACCGCACACGGCGGACUUAUCGCUACCAUAAUCGACGAAGCUAUGGGGUCCUUGAUCCUGAUAAACCACAAAGUCUACUCAAAUUUGCCAUCAUCCACGCGGGAGAAGCUGUCCAACAAGAUUUUGGAUAUGUAUGGUCUAGCGUUAUUUACGGCGGAGAUGAACGUGCGCUUCUGUGCGCCGCUACCUACACCAAGAGUGGUGCUAGUAGAAACAGUUGUGAAGGAUAUUCGAGGAAGGAAAGUGUUUAUUAGUGUUGUUGUGCAGGGGCUUGAUGGGACAGUGUAUGCUAUGUGUGACGGGAUGUGGAUGAGUGUCCGGGGUCAACAGAAAAUAUAGGCUUCAAACAGAGUUGCUGACUAUCCGCAUCAGUGUGGCGCACUGCGAGCCCACGCUGAUGGCAACAAAGACGGGGCUAUACAAGCUGGAUGUGAUAUGUUGGAGAACUCAAACAGGAACAACAGCAACCCCUACAUUUAGAGCUCGAGCUCUUCUGGCGUUUAUUAAGUCCUAUGUAUGCAUGCUGGCGAUGAUCCUGCGCCAAGAUGCGCUUACCGUGUCAGUCGAUGCUUGCGAGGAAUACGUAAGUAACAUGCAAAAGUCUGCAUACUAAAACC